AUGAAAGAAAUAGAGGACAUUAACAGUGUCAUUGUGAAGCUGUUGCAAGAGAGCAACAAGAUAAAGGAGAACCUGAGAAAGCUGAUUCAUCAGCAUGAACAUAAAAUGGCCAAGCAAUCAAGAAACCCUCCUCCUAUUCCUGCCACACUUGUUUCCACCAUUCCCAGUAUGGAAUUAUGCCCUCUUCCUAUACCAACUGUUGAAUAUAUAGCUGCUAAGAAUGGCCAUGUUUUUAGUUUUGAAAUUAUCAACACUGAGGGUUGUGAAGUUAGAGUUACAUGUUUUGACGAAAUAGCUCAACUACAUUCUGAUCGUGUGGAGGUAGGUGCUAACUAUGUCAUUUCUAAAGGGUCCAUUAAGGAGGCAAACACAAGAUACAAUAAAUUGAACAUGCAUUUAGAGAUCAUCCUAUCUGAUGCUUCCAUAUUAAAAUGCUGCACCCAUGAUGAUGAACCAGGUCAAGUCCACUCCCCUUUCAUCCCUAUUAGGGAAGUGGUUCAACUAACUAAUAAUACAUUAGUUGAUAUCAUUGGUGUUGUUGUACAUAUUGGAGAUAUCAUUCUAAUCCAUGGGAAAGAUGGCAGUGAAACAAAUAAGCAAGUUGUUAGAAUUAAUGAUCUCUGUGGCUCAACAAUUGAUGUCAAUCUAUGGGGUCCACCAUCAGAACAAAGAGGACAAGAUUUCAAAAAUAUGUUAACCCUUGAAUGUGUUCUUAUACUUGUUUUAUGUAAGGGUCGUGUGGGGUAUUUUAAUGGGAAGGUUGUUAACAUGACAUCUGCAACAACAUUAAAUAUUAAUCCUACUUUCCCAGAGGCAGAACCCCUAAUGUUAAGAGGAAAUAUUUCAUUGCAUACUCAGGAUCUCUCUGCAGGAUUUACUCACAUUGAUGGUAAAUACACUAGGAUGACUAUUUCAUCAAUUCAUGAACGUAUGACUGUCAAACCAGAAACAAUUCAAACCACUUUACUUGUUGUUCUGAGAUUUGUGAACGUAACAGAUAAAACUUUCUAUUACGCAGCUUGUCCACUGAAAGUAAAUGGAAAACCUUAUGCAAUAGGAACUAUUUGGGAAACUGUUUUUGAUGAGGUUGGAACUCAAUUGAUAAAGAAAACUACAAAAGAGCUUUGCGCACUGCAAAAUGAUGCCACAAUGGAACAAACACAUUUCUAUAUCCUUAAUACACUUAUUUCACAUCGUUACUCAUUCACUAUGCUGGUUUCUACUGACACAUACAACUCUGAACCUAAGAUAAAGGUUACAAUCAACAAAAUAUGCUCUGUUGAUUAUAAAACUGAGUGUGAUGGGUUACUUGCAGAGAUUGCUCGCCUCUCUACACAGGCUUAG